CCCACGUGAACGCGCCUCCGUCGGCCGUGACGAUCGUCUGCAUCUCUCUCCUCCGUGGCUGAACAAAACCUUAAAUCACACCGAAAUAAGCUAGUUGAGAGAUGAACCAGGUGAUCGCAACCUGCUGGAGCUGCCUCCUCCUCUCUGCCUUCCUGUGUGAGCCCGUGUUCGGUAAAGGAGGCCGUGGAGGGUCCAGAGGUUCAUCUCGCGGUUCUGCCCGCAGCUCCUCCGCAGGAAGCCACAGGGGAGCAGGACCCUAUGGAGGAACCCGCUCCAGGUUCCGAGUUGCUGGACGGACGUCUCCAGUCCGGGUCGCAGGAGCUGCAGCGGCGGGAGCCGCCGUGGCCUUGAGCGCGGACAAGUGGUACGCCUCCGCUUACCGUCGUAGCAACGCGGACAGCUCUGAAGAAGACCUGGACUACUUCAACAGGACCAAUUACUUUGAUGCUCUCAUGUCUGGAGCCCACCAGUCUGGGUUGACCAUCUACCAGCUACUGUCUGCCUCCAUUGCAACUUGGCUCCCAACAUGCGGACUCUUCUCAGACAGCCUGCUCUAGAUCUGUCCAACGUUCGGGUCAGGUCUUGGUCCUGGCUAUGAAGCUGAGGUGGCUGAGCUCCAGUCGUGAAUUGUGAACAGUAACAUGUGAAAUAUAUAAAUAUAUAUGUAUAUAUAUAUAGGUCACUUCACUGUUUUUGCACCAGCACCUGCAUCAUUCCAAAUUUUCUAUGAAUCAGAUCCGAGCGGUUAAACUGAUGUGUGUGAUGCUGAAGUCAUGUAUGAUGGUGGAGCCUUCUGCAGCUCUGGUCUGGAUGUUAAUCCACAAACUGCUGUCCUUCAAAGUGUUCAACCAACCGGGAGUCACCAAACUGCCAUGACACCAAUGAUUUAUAGAGUUUUCUAUGCACCGCCCAUGAAGGGUGGCGUUGGUGCUUUGGAAAAAAAAAACAAAUGAAGUUACUACUCUGUUUUUUAGUUCACCUCACGGCUCCGCCACAUCUGGCCAUUGCUGCACACCAAGCUUUGACUAAGACAGCACAAAUCCAUUCCAACUUUCCUUCAGGCCUGUGUGGCUCCUGUGCUGCUCUGUCAGAUUGAGGUCAAGAUCGUUUCCCACCCACUACCGCUACUCCUAUAAGUCGCACAUUGUCUUGUUGUUAUUUGAGUUGUGGUGAUGGAACUUGGUCUCCUCCCAAGAUCACAUCCCUCAGUCCUCCUGUUAUCCACUAUCAUUCAAGUCCACUGACACCUGGACCUACCACCUUUCAACGUGCUCAGGAUGUACAAUAAGGAAAGCACCCUCAUUGUUCAUGGAGGUCCAUACUGCACUGCAGCAGUUGAAGCGACAUUAGCUGAGAGGCGAACAGAAGAGCAGUGAAAUGCCACAAACCUGCACAUGAGAUUGUCUAUCAAUCAGAUGUGUUUGUUACAACCCAUACCUGUCACUUUCUUAAAACACUUUGAAACCUGCUCCAUGAAGGAGACGUGCGAGUGUGUGCGUGUGUGUGUGUGUGUGUGUGUGAAGGAAUCACUUGCCAACAAGCUGCUGCUCGCUGCUUCACUCACCACGCAGCUGAUUCUCAGGAGCGACAGACUGUUCCUUCCUUUUUGUACAUAUUUGUUAUGACCGCCUUUACAAUGAUGAAUUUGAUUUAUAAACGGACUCACUGUCGGCCAAAUUUCCUAUUCAGUAAAAGCAAGGGGAAAGUACCCGCAUGAAGAUGUGUCUCUUUUUGAUGCUCACUGAGAAAAAAGUGGUACUAUGAAGAAAUGUUACAUAUGCAAAUAUGAAUAAGCUAAAUAAUUACCAAUAUUUUUUCCCAUGAUGUAGUUCAUAUUACGUUUUCAAACUUUCAGAUAUAACACUUAGGAAUGUCCUAUAAUACAUGAAUUACAGAAUUAUAGCACUUUUUGGGAAGCUGUUCUGAAUAGCAACAGGUUAUGCUUAAUAUGUUUAUAGUUUAGUUAUAAACGUUUUUCCAACUAAAAGCCUUGACUAGUGUCUCAAAAUAGCUUCACCUUCAUCUCAAAUAGAUUUUUAUCUUUGAGAUCACAAGGUGUUUGCGGCUGACGAUGGUGAAAAGGAGGCCGGAACAGCUGCUAUUUUUAUUACGCUAUCAU